GUUAUUAGAAGACACUUAUACAGUGAUCUUAUUUUAAAUGAACAUCUUUUUCGCGCCUCGAGAUUUAAAAUAUCAUUUAAAACAACAACUUCCAGUAAAUAAUGAUUUAACAAAUGAACAACUCUUAUUAUUACAUAAUAUAUUUGGUGAUUUAAUUAUGAAAGCAUUAUGGAUUAUUGAAUACGGUUCAAUCAUUAUAGAACGAUCUAAAUCAUCUCAACAUCAACUAUUUCGAGUAGAAUCAAAUUCUGGUACAAUUAGUUACUGUUCAAAUUAUACACGUUAUUGUCGUUGUUUUAAUAUAGUACAAAAAUAUAUUCAUCAUUGCUAUGAAUUAUGGAUUUUGCCGAAAUCAAUAAAAUUAUGGGAAGUAGUGACCAGCGGAGUUCAACCGUGUCUGUUGUGGGAUAGUAACUUACUGAAGGCAAUUGUGGAUAUGUCUCUCAAUUUUAUGGAUUAGUUGAAGUUAGAUAUGAACAUUGUUGGAUGCCAGCUUAGUGGUCUGGUGGUUAAGCGUUCGCGCGCGUGACCUGGUUUCGAAUCUCGAGAGUCAGUCAUCCAGUUCUUCCAGGUUUUCCAUGAUAAUCUAGCUUGAAUUAACCUGUGAUCUCAAACAAUGAAGUUACUACAAUAUCCACAAAAUUCCUUCUGAUAUGGAUCAAGCACUUAUUUUUAAAAGAAUCCGUUUUUAAUUGAUUAUUUUUCAAGUCACCACUGAUAAGAUCUAAUUGAAGAAUUUUAUUUACCAAACUGUGAGUAAUCAGACGACAAAGUGGUCAAGCGUAACAUUUCAUUUUCAUGUAUUUUGUUAUGACUAUAUUAUGUAGUUUCAUUCAAAUUAAGGAAGAAUUAGUAUUAUUAUUAUUAGACAUAGUUUUCUUGAAAAAUUACCGAAACAUAUAAACAUUGGUACAAUCGAGCACCAAAUAUAUAUUUACUACAUAAAUGACUCCAUUUGUGUGAGGGUUGGAAUACUUCCUGGGUGCCCAAAUUGAAGGAGGUUGUUUUCUUAGGAGAGCACACCUGGAAUCUUUGACCUAAAGAUCUAAUCCUUAAGGCAAUGGAGCAAUGCCAGGAGAUGCAAUCACAUGUUAGCCUAUGACUAAUAAUACGUUGAUAUGCCAUUUAUUUUUUCAAGAUCCUGAAGUCCGAAUGCACCAUCGAUUUGAAAUCAGGGUUUCCCAAUUCUUCUAGAUGGACUCUCCGUGUCCACCAACCCAGUUUAAGCUUACUUACACCUGUUACUCCUCGUAAAAAAGCAUAGACCGCUCACCAGUAUUCUACAUCUAACCCUGUCCUGAGCAAUCCUUUCCAGCUCUUUCUAGUUGUUACUCAUCCUUUUCAUAUCCACUUUAUUUCUC